AUGUCAGAUGGCUUGACUGCUGGUUCUGAAGUGGCACUGCCAUCAGUACUGCCAUUCGAACCAACUGAUUCUUCACUUGAUCCAUUAUUGGGCUCCUCAGCAGCCUUGUCAAAACUGUUCAAACUCCCACUGAAUGUGUUGGAGGGUCAUUUAGGCGAGCUGGUGUUACAGAUUCCGUGGUCGAAUUUAAAGAAUCAACCAGUCAAAGUAGUUAUUCAAGAUGUUUUUCUACUUGCUGAGCCCAGAUUAGACGAAGACUAUGACCCUGAGGAAGAGUCCAGACGUGAACAAGAGCUCAAGAAGGAGCGUUUGGAGCGGCUAGAGCUGUUGGAGAAGUCCACACCGUCUCAAGGAUACUCUCAGCAAGAUGUUCAAAAGAAUCAAAGCUUUACAGAGAGUUUGAUUAACAAAACAAUUGAGAAUUUGCAGAUCACGAUUCGCAACAUUCAUAUUCGGUACGAGGACCAGACUAGUGUCCCUGGUCAUCCAUUUUCCUUGGGAUUCACCCUGGAGGAGUUGUCUGCCCUUUCAACAGACGACGAAUGGAAUCCCAAGUUCAUUCAAAGCAUUACUCAUGUCACAAGAAAGCUGGCGAAACUCAAUUCAUUAGCUAUUUACUGGAACACAGAUUCAGACUCGAUUCGACGAACUUCGGAUGACGAGUCUGGAGAGAAAAUGUUGGACAACUUCCGAACUAUGAUUAUUUCCAAAGAAAAGGCAGAGCGAAACCAAUACAUUUUAAAGCCUGUAUCUGGUAUUGGUAGAAUCACACUUAACAAGUUCCCGAGCGACUCACAACCAAAGUCUAAGGUUCAGCUCAUUUUUGACGAACUGGGCUUUGUAUUCGAUAGCGAUCAAUAUAGGGAUGCUUUGUGGACUGCAGAUUUGUUUAGACUUUAUAUGAAUUCGAAGGAAUUCAAGCGAUUUAGACCAACUGUUAGUGUUAAAGAAGAUCCAAAGGCAUGGUUCAAGUACGCUGCUGAGGCAGUUCGUAGUCAUAUUCAUGAAAAGAACAAGCCCUGGAACUGGGACUAUCUCACUAUGAGGUUGCAAAUUAGAAGACGAUACAUUGACCUGUAUAAAUUACGGACAAAGAGCUCUCCCCCUGGUACGCUAUCAAACCCAGAUGAGCAGGCGGAGUUCAAACAACUUGAAUUUGAUCUUAGCUUCGAGGAUAUCAAGUUUUAUCGAUCUCUGGCAAAGGCUGAGCUGAGGAAAGAACAAGCUAAGGUCAAAGAAGAAAAGAAGAGAACAAUCCUCGGUGGUACUUCACAGUCAGAUUCUGGCUCAGCAGCGCCUGCAGCAAGCUGGACUUCAUGGAUUUGGGGAGGUGGUGCCAAAAAUGCUAAUCAAGCUUCAAAUGGAGAUGACGAAGUCACUAUGACUGAAGAACAGCGAAAAGAGCUGUACGAUGUUAUUGAGUGGGAUGAAAAGGCUGCUGUGGAAAAGUCCGUCACUGUCCCACAGAAUCAAAUAACUCUAGAAGUAGAGACGGCUCUCGAGUCUGGUAGUUUCACUAUUAGAAACGAUCCUCACGGGGCGUCCCACGAUGUUGCAGCUGUGUAUUUCAAUGGUUUCAAGGCGCAGUUUUUACAAAGGCCAACCUCUUUCUUAACCAGUAUUAGCUUGCAAGAAUUCAGAGUUGAUGACAAGAGUGAAGGAACACUGUUUAAGCAGAUCGUAACCGUCAAACCUCUAUCCCAUGAAGAUGACCAUACCCAUCACAACGUCGAUAGUCAUGAUAGCACGCCAUCAACAGAAUCAGAAUCAGCUGUUACCUCUGGAAAUUCUGGUGAAAGUUCAGAAGAUGCAUUUUUCUGGCUGUCAUUUGAGAAAAAUCCUCUCGAUGAGAGCGCCGACUCUUCAUUGCAUGUGAAAACAAAGAGUAUCACAAUUUUCUAUAAUGCACACUUUCUCGAACGUGUGGCCCGAUUUUUCAAACCUCCCAAAACGCACCUUGAAACUAUCGGUGCCAUUAUUAAUGCUGCUGGAGCUACUGUAGAAGGAAUUCGGAAUCAGACUCGAAUCGGUCUUGAAUAUGCAUUGCAAGAGCACAAGACUGCCAACGUCAAGCUUGAUUUGCAGGCUCCUUUGAUUGUGAUUCCACUGGAUGUCACCAGUUGGAAAUCACCCUGUGUUAUUAUCGACGCUGGUCAUAUAAGUCUGCUAAGUGAGCUUGCACCCAGUGAGCUUCUUGAUGAAAUUAAAAAGAAGAAGAGCCAUCAAUACAAAGAAAGAGAUUGGGAAAGACUCGAAUCUCUGAUGUAUGACAAGUUUAAACUUCAAUUUCACGACACGCAGAUUCUCCUUGGCAACAAUGUGCGAGAUACUAUGAAACAAUUGCAUCAAGAAAACAGCGAAAACCCAGCCCACGUUAUUGAUAGAAUUAACAUGGACUUCUUGGUAGAGAUCUCCAUUUUACCUGAGGCUUAUAGCUUAACUAAGUUCAAGGUAACUGGCCACUUGCCAUUGUUUUCUGCAUCAAUGUCUGACGCAAAGUAUAAGCUUAUGAUGCAAAUCAUUGACAAGAGUAUUCCAAACUUCAACUUUGAUGACGACGAAGACAUCGAAGAUUUAUCUGACCCAGAUCCAGCUUUGCCUCCAUCUGAGAUUUUCUCUCGACCCGCUGCUGUAGAGCAUGACUAUGGUUUUGACUCUGAUGAGGACAAAGAGCCCGAUGGUGAAACUAGUGAUGCCCAGAGCGUCACAUCGACAUCAACAGCUGAUAUAGGGUCCUCAACCGUUGCCAGUUCUAUUCAAGCGAAUGCUACUAGCGAGAGCCAAAAUAUCUUUGUUUUCGUGUUCAAGAUUGACAAAGUAGAACUUUCACUGCACCGUUGUAUAGAUGAUUCUACACUUGAACAAUCACCACUCGUGGAUAUGGUUAUGGAGCAAUUUGAACUUGAAUAUUGUUUCAGAUCGUUGGAGAUGACUGCUGAUGUCACAUUGGGUAGCUUGCGUAUUGAAGAUUACAUCGAUACUAAGUGUCCCUCUGAAUUGCGGCAGAUUGUAUCUUCGAGUAAUUCGGGAGACUCUACGUCUGAUCUUUUCAAAGUAAAAUACCGCAGAAUCAAGCUUCCUAUUAUCAAAAAGACUGGGGAAGAGCCAUCAGACCAGAUUGUCGAGGUCUCAAUGUCUACCAUCCGGUUUGUGGUUGAACCAAAAACAUUCUUAACUCUUCUCGACUUUAUUAUUACUACAUUUACUAAUCCGGAAGAGGCAGAAGCGAGUGAUAGCCCACGAAUCGAAGACGUUGAGCCGGCAGCCGGACAAGACUCUCCACAAGAAUCUGUUGCCCCAGCCGGCCAAGGUAGCAUUGAUGUUCGAGUGGACUUAAGGAGCAUUAUUUUAAUUCUGAAUGAUGAGGGCCUACAACUGGGUACAUUAAAGCUUGAUAGUGCGCUAGUGUCUGUCAGACUAUUUGGCGAGACUAUGAAUAUUCAUUCGCGUAUUGGAGGCUUUUCUCUUCAAGAUGAUACAGGCGAAACCCAAAUUCCAAGUGAUUCAAACCUUAACCAGCUUAUAAGUAUUGAAGGUGAUGAGCUAGCCGACUUCAGAUAUGAGACUUUUGAUAGAAGUCGAAAGGACCUUUCGUACAACUCUUCUAUUUAUUUCAGACUUGGGUCGCUCAGGGUAAAUGUGAUUGAAAAGCCGUUAUCCCGUAUAAUUGGAUUUGCUUCUAGGCUACUUCAAAUGAAAGGUUUGUACGAUAGAGCUAGACAAUUGGCAAUGAAUCAGGCGAAUCAGAUCGAGAGUCCAGACAAAAUUAGAUUUGACGUCAUCAUCAAGACCCCUAUCUUUUUCUUUCCUACUAUAAGUGCGGACAGCGGAGAUAAGUAUGAUUCUGUGACGGCUAACUUGGGUGAGAUAUAUCUUCAAAACAAGUUUGAAUCAGUUGACGGCGUUGAAGACGUGGCCAUUAAUAACGUUUCUGCCGGGGUUAGAGACAUGAAACUCACAUCAAGAUUCUACUUUGAAGAAUCUUGGUCGCAAAACCUUGAGAUUAUUGACAAAAUUGACAUUCUGUUUGAUAUAUCUAAAGCUGACUGA